CGAACUUACACAUUCACUAAUAUAGGCUGGGGGUUGGACCUCAUUACAAUUUCCAGCUUGGGAGAUGUUCGUGCUUGUGCUGUGUCCUACGUCCGCGUCUUUCUUUUCCCCAACGCAGUUAUUAAGCCAAAACCAACGCUCCCGGUGUUCUACUACGCUCCGAUUGACUAUCUGACGUUGUCUCAAUCAUAGGCGAUCAGCGCAGAGACAGUGACCUUCCAAGAGUUUCAAUGAGUUGUAAAAAUGUCUCCGAAAACUCUGCUGAACUCUCUCAAUUGAAGGUCCGCCAACCUAGGCUACUUAACGCUACAAGCUCGGUAUUUGAAGUUGCUAUAUUAUCAGUGGUAGCCUAUUAUCAGGUGAUAUUGACUUCCAGACUUGGAAAGCGCUCAAUGCCUUGUGGAACGCCCCUCGGAAUAACAAGGCGUGGUUUUGGCUUGACUGUGUUGGGGGGAAAAGAAAGGCGCCCUAAGCCUCAUCUGUACAGUGUCAGUUUGGCAGCAAAGAUGAGCCAAGAAAUGAAGAACGAGGCAACCCAACUAAAUGGGACCCCGGCCUCUGGUUCCGCUCAGACAAAAAAGCGUGAGGACUACCUGGAGUGGCCUGAAUAUUUCAUGGCUGUAGCUUUCCUGUCAGCUCAGAGAAGCAAGGAUCCCAGCUCACAGGUUGGAGCAUGUAUUGUUAACCAGGAGAAUAAGAUAGUGGGCAUCGGCUACAACGGCAUGCCCAACGGCUGUGAUGAUGACCUGCUGCCCUGGUCCUGCUCUGCUGACGACAGACUGGAUACCAAAUAUCCCUACGUGUGCCAUGCGGAGCUGAAUGCGAUCAUGAAUAAGAACUCAGCGGACGUGAAGGGCUGUUCCAUGUACGUGGCUCUGUUCCCCUGCAAUGAGUGUGCCAAGCUCAUCAUCCAAGCAGGUAUAAAGGACGUGAUUUAUUUGUCAGACAAGUACCACGACAUCCCUGAAAUGACUGCCUCCAGACGGCUGCUUAACUUGGCAGGGAUCCAAUACAAGCAGUUCAAGCCCAAGCGAAACAAGAUUGUCAUCGAUUUUAAUUCUAUUAACUCUGGGAUGUUCAGUGGAACAGGCUGAACACACUCACCUUGAGAAAGAAAGAAGAGGGAAAGAAAGAGUGGGUGCUUUGAACUACUCCCUCCCCUAACCUGCCACGACAUCUCUACUGUAAAUGUUCAAUCUUAUAGAAACAUUUCAUGGUAAAGAUUUUUGUUUUUUGUAUUUUACAGUGCAGAACUUUAUUUAUUUUAUUGACUUGUGAAUUUACAUGGGGUUACUUUCACUGUGGUGUCUUUCAGAUACAAUUUUUUUCCACAGUCAGGAUACUCUUCCAAUCGUUACUGUUUUAGUCAUAAUAAAAUGUUAGACAAUGUCACAAAUGGUGGGAGUACUGAAACACUACACACAUUGUGUGCUGCACAUCCAAUGUCAACCUAAUAAACUAUUAUUAUUAUUAUAUUAAACUAUGAGCAAUGUUUUAAAAUCAUUCAAGUGUACAGCGUUUAUGCAGAAAAUAUGGAAACUGCUAUAGCUUUGUCUCUCAUUGUAUUUAGUUAUUACUUUGAAUAGAGGUGCAAUCAGGUGGUAGAAGUACUCUACAUUGACAAAAGCUCUAAUUCCUCAAAAGACACAUAAUAUUUUGGGUAAUAUCCAAGCAUAGAUCUGCUGGACAUGAAGUGGUGCGUGUGUAAUACUGUGAAUAUGCAGGUCAAUUCAAUAUCCCACACUAAACUGUUGCGUUGCCAAGAAACAGGUUUGCCAAUCGAGCUGGUGGUUGGACCCGGACAGAAAAAAGUGAGAGAAAUAGAAUAGAUAUUUGGAGAAGGAUAACUCCAUAUCAGAUGCCUUUUUAGGUGUGCUACUCAAACAACCUCCAUGUAGACAUGUUUACAGAAUAUGAAAUCAUCCCCACUCACUCCUGACAAAAAGGCAGUGCGAGAGCGUUGUGAAGUGGCAAUAAAAAAAGAACCGGACUUUUCCGUCUUUCCCCGGCCUUGAAGCGAGUGUCUGUGAUGGAGAGGAAGGUAGGAUGAAAAGGUAAUUGAUUAUCCUGUGUCUGAUCUAGAGGGUGUUGAUAUGGUGAGUCUCAGGAGAGGCCUGUGGGACACCACACUCAGAUCCCCCCCGUUCUCUUCUGCCCCGACUUCUUUUCCUCUCCACCCUUUCAGGCGACCCCUUUCAUGCUCUUUAAUAGGGACCUCUGACGGAGGUACACCGAGAGAAACUGCUGUGAGUUCAAGAGCUUUGGAAAGGAGCAAGGCAGUGCAUGCACAUCUUACCCAGGUUCCCCUCUCUGCAUCUCUACCUCCAGCUAGCCAGGGCCUCUGUUGGCCAAUGAACCCUGAACGCAGCCACAACCUGUUUUGCUGGAUGCCCCCACUUACAAUCCUCUGUCUCAAGUCUACACCUCGGGCUUCCCUGAAUCCUCUGUCUCAAGUCUACACCUCAGCUUCCCUGAAUCCUCUGUCUCAAGUCUACACCUCAGGCUUCCCUGAAUCCUCUGUCUCAAGUCUACACCUCGGGCUUCCCUGAAUCCUCUGUCUCAAGUCUACACCUCGGGCUUCCCUGAAUCCUCUGUCUCAAGUCUACACCUCAGGCUUCCCUGAAUCCUCUGUCUCAAGUCUACACCUCGGCUUCCCUGAGUCCUCUGUCUCAAGUCUACACCUCAGCUUCCCUGAAUCCUCUGUCUCAAGUCUACACCUCAGCUUCCCUGAAUCCUCUGUCUCAAGUCUGCUUCCCUGAAUCCUCUGUCUCAAGUAUACACCUCGGGCUUCCCUGAAUCCUCUGUCUCAAGUCUACACCUCAGCUUCCCUGAAUCCUCUGUCUCAAGUCUACACUUCAGGCUUCUCUGAAUCCUCUGUCUCAAGUCUACACCUCGGGCUUCCCUGAAUCCUCUGUCUCAAGUCUACACCUCGGGCUUCCCUGAAUCCUCUGUCUCAAGUCUACACCUCGGGCUUCCCUGAAUCCUCUGUCUCAAGUCUACACCUCGGGCUUCCCUGAAUCCUCUGUCUCAAGUCUACACCUCGGCUUCCCUGAAUCAAGUCUACCUUGCUAUAACAUUACCUGAACUGCUUUUGUCCUGCAUGCUCACAUCUGAUGUUGGCAUGAGCAUCUCAGAUUUGCCAACCAGAGUGAUUGCUGCAGUUAUCGUAUAAAAAUUACACGCCGGCCAGCCAGGGCUGAGGAGCAGUCGUGCUCAUAUUUAUAGGGAGGUACAGGUGGACAUGCCAACGAGCGAUCACUGUCUGGUUCUAUUUUUGUCUCAUACAGAUUUUUUUAGAUAUAUUUUGGGGGAUGCAUUUUAGGAUACAAAAAUAUGCAUUUUGAAAUGUAUUUUAAUGUGUGACAGAUUUUAAAUGUAUUUGUAAUACAUUUGUAUGGAAAUAUAUUCUUUAUAUUUCACAUAUACAAAUGGAUAUACAGUUGAAGUCGGAAGUUUACAUACACCUUAGCCAAAUACAUUUAAACUCAGUUUUUCACAAUUCCUGACAUUUAAUCCUAGUAAAAAUUCCCUGUUUUAGGUCAGUUAAGCUUGGUCGAAUUUUGGCACAUUCCUCCUGACAGAGCUGGUGUAACCGAGUCAGGUUUGUAGGCCUCCUUGCUCACACACACUUUUUCUGUUCUGCCCAUACAUUUUCUAUAGGAUUGAGGUCAAGGCUUUGUGAUGGCCACUCCAAUACCUUGACAUUGUUGUCCUUAAGCCAUUUUGCCACAACUUUGGAGGUAUGCUUGGGGUCAUUGUCCAUUUGUCCA